UUAUCAUACGAACGUGACCUCGUUUGUGCUGCGGGCAGAAUACUAGUCAGUUAGUUCUAAAUACAAAGCCUAGUAGGUUGACGUUUGUUGCUCUUUCCUGUGUUGGAUUGUGCAUUGUUCUACUCUUGUCAUUGUGGCAUCCGUAUCAAGGGAUAGGCUACAUUAUGUUUAUUUUAUUUGGAUGAAUCGAGCAGGCAGCAAGUUGCAAGAACUGGAUCGCUGAACCUGCCACUUGCGAGCCCAUGAUCCCGUUGACUUGAAGCGUACUGUAUGUUGAUGAAAUUCAAGCAUGUCAGGAAAACAAUUUAAAGGUCAUGAAGUCAGUUGCUGCAUCAAAUAUUUUAUUUUUGGAUUUAACAUAAUAUUUUGGCUGCUCGGUGUGGCCUUCCUGGGCAUUGGACUAUGGGCCUGGAAUGAGAAGGGUGUUCUCUCCAACAUCUCGUCCAUCACAGACCUGGGGGGCUUUGACCCCGUCUGGCUCUUCUUGGUGACGGGAGGGGUCAUGUUCAUCCUGGGCUUUGCCGGUUGCAUCGGAGCACUGAGGGAAAACACCUUCCUGCUCAAGUUUUUUUCUGUGUUCCUGGGGAUCAUCUUCUUCCUGGAGCUGACAGCUGGAGUGUUGGCCUUCACCUUCAAGGACUGGAUCAAGGACCAGCUCAACUUCUUCAUCAAUAACAACAUCCGGGCAUACCGUGACGACAUCGACCUCCAGAACCUUAUAGACUUCACUCAGGAAUAUUGGGAUUGUUGCGGCGCAUUCGGAGCGGACGACUGGAACCUCAACAUCUAUUUUAACUGCACGGACACCAACCCCAGCCGGGAGAAAUGUGGAGUCCCCUUCUCCUGCUGCACCAAGGACCCUGCGGAGGAUGUGAUAAACACGCAGUGUGGCUAUGACGUACGAGCCAAAACUGACGUAGAGCAGAAGACCUACAUCCAUGUGAAAGGCUGUGUGCCACAGUUUGAGAAGUGGCUACAGGACAACCUGACGCUAGUGGCUGGGAUCUUCAUAGGAGUUGCGUUGUUACAGAUAUUUGGAAUAUGCUUGGCACAAAACUUAGUUAGUGACAUCGAAGCUGUGAGAGCAAGCUGGAUGCCCCUGCCCUCUCUCUCCAUGCACCGGCCCCUGCCUCACUCUGGAAAAAAAGGGUCUGCAUACUACGCAUGAGGAACGUACUCGCGAGCGUAUGAACUGUAGCCGUUUAUUUACCUGAUGUCGCUGCCUGGCUUGACCCAGGAACGCACAGGUCUCUUCAGCAUGGCUACGCCAGUCUCAGAGCAUCAAAAGAUGCUAGAACUAGGAAUGAUACCACCUGCACCAUAUUCCGUCAUGAUGACUGGCACAUUCUGAUCCUUUUUAAAGAUGUUUGGGGUUGCAAAAUUCCAGUAACUUUCCAGAAAUCCCAGUUGGAAGAUUCCUCCAAUCAGGAUUUCUGGAAAACCUGGGAAUUUGGGGAAGUUACCCACGCUUUGCAUCCCAUUUGUUCCAUGUGGUUCCAUCCAUGUGGUAAACACUGUGUAGAAAUGUACAGAAAAUAAUGAAGACAAAAACAUGUACUUGGGGGGGGGGUGUGUUUGUAAAUGCACUGCAUGCCUAUCACAAUGGCAUGGACUCGUUUUAAAUUCAUGAUGUACAGAAGCUCUUAUUGACACAGGUAUUUUUAACAGUAAAAUGGUAGCUGUAUGUGGCGACACUGAGCAUUAGGGAAGAGGGUAAUGGUGCUAGAAUACAAAUGUACAGUAGUAGUCGCAGCCCUCAAGUCGUUCGCUUUGAACUGCAGUAGCCUUGUAGGCUCAAGAGUUUCUGUGGCACAGAUGGGCAUUCGUUAUUUCAUGGCAUCUCUACCUGGGUGAAAUACAUACAGGUACGUUACAUACAUACUUUCAAAUACUUGAGGUGGGCCUGAUUUAGCAAGAGUUUGCACUUUUGGGGGGGGACUAGUCAAUUGGUUGUGUAUGUGACAAAUAAAAUUUGAUUUGAUUUGAUUUGGUUCUAUUGUAACAGACAAGCUAAAUCAAGCACACUUCCAAGUAUCAAUGUAUUUGACCCAGGUCUGAUCUCUGCACACUCUACAUUAAAAUGAAUUGUCAAUACAUUCAAUGAACUGAAAAACUUCAUGUCCAUUUCUUGCUAUGGUAAGUCUUCUGUUUUCAAUACCGCUAAGUGAAGUGUCAAUCUUUAGGAAUCCCUGUCACUUCUUGUUCUGAGGGCUGAAUGUGAUUUGUUCAAUUGCUCAGCGGGGGGAGCUUACAAUGACUAGUGAGUGAAUAAAACAAACUCACUUCCUGACAUUUGUUGGUGGUGGAGGGCGUAACACAUGGGUUGCUGGCUCAAAUCCCUGUGUGCUUUCAGUUUUCUAGCUCAAUGAUCAGUGAGUCAAAUUAAAUAAAUGCUUGCAGGGAGGUGGCAGGCGCGUUAGAUACAGGUUGAGACAAGGUCCCUGUUGAGGAUCCCCAUGUCUUGUUUUCCAACCUUGAACUUACUUUCUAAAGUUAACCAAUCACUUUUCACAUUUGUCUAACCAUUUCUUGUGACUGGUUAAAGGACCAAAACCUAAGGCGGGUGGAUGGGGUCGUAACGAGGGUGUCCAUGCAUUAGGUCCUUGGUUCGAUUCCUCGUGUGGCUUUUAAAAUAACUUAACCAAUUACACUCCUUUCUGCCCUCAGAACAAGAAAAUAAGGGUUUGAUUCAAUCUGUAUCGUGGAAGUUCAGUGCUAUAGCGCAAUUGACACUUAAUGUCCUGCGCUCAUGGUCAAUUUUGCAUAUAGGCUCAACAGCUUCUACCCCCCCAAGCCAUUAGACUGCUGAACAAUUAAUGAACAUUUACACUGAUACCCCCUCCCCUCUUGUACACUGCUGCUACUUGCCGUUUGUUUGUUACAUAGUCACUUCGCCCCCACCUACAUGUCCAGAUUACCGCAACUAGCCUGUACCUCUGCACACUGACUCGGUACCGGUGCCCCAUCUAUAUAGCCUGGUUAUUCUUAGUGUUACUUUUUUAUUUUAGCCUACUUGGUAAAUAUUUUCUUCUUGAACUGCAUUGGAGGUUAAGGGCUUGUAAGUAAGCAUUAAGGUAAUGUCUACACUUGUUUGAUUUGAUAUAUUGGCUCAAUCGCAAACUACCUUUAAAUUUCAAAUCGCACUGAACUUCCACGAUACGGAUUGAAUCGAGCCCUUUUUUCUUUCAUUCCCAUUAAAUAAAUCCUUUUUGUUGACCUGCUGACAUUAUUAAAAGGACAAGACAGAAAGUGAAUUGGCA